AUGUACAAACCCUUCGGAGAAGACCAGAUGCUGACUGACGUUAAAGAAGUUAGUGCGAUGCAGAAAGCUCCAGUGGGAAUUCCGGAGGGCGGCGGCUUGCUUGUUAUAAUCCAUGAAGGCAAAAAUCUCGAAGGAAAACAUCAUACAAAUCCUUUCGUUCGUGUGCUUUUCCAUGGGGAAGAAAAAACAACUAAGGCGAUUAAUUUUGUAAACCCUAAACUUCGAUUGAGGUUUGAGGGGAAUUAUUUUAAAGGUUCAAUACCACCUUCAUUUUCUAAUCUGGCCCUUUUACAGGAGCUGUUUGACAAUACUUUAUCAUUGGGACUCACAAAUGAUCAUCCCAACAUGCGGAUUAUACAUAGGAAAGUUCCCCUUAUUCUUGGUCAAUGGGUUUCUAAGAUUAAAGAUGACAGCAAACGACCAGUCUAUUGUGCUCUCAUCAGGUUGCUCCAGGACAGAGACUUGUGUGUUAGGGGAAUAGUUGGAAUUGCUGGCAUCCAUUGGUUUCGAGUUGAUGUUCAGGACAAUGUGCUUGUUCUUGACCUUCUUGGGCCUAGUCUUGAGGAUCUAUUUGUGUAUUGUAGUCAUUUCAUAUAUCUGGUUUUCUAUGUAUGGUUUGAUGCACCUAUUGGAUACGUAUCAAUUACUAAAAGCUACACACCUGAAUGGGAGAAGUGGUGGAAAAAUCCUGAAAAUGUGGAGCUAUAUCAGUUUAUGGGAAAGGAUAAUGUUCCAUUUCACACUGAGCAAACGCAGAUGACGUCUGUGGACCGAAUGGCACGUGCAAACAUUCCAUCUUUGGCUGCUAUAGAGCAGAUGCGAAUGCUAGCACACACUUUAGCUCAAAACACCAAUCCAAAGUUUCAGGAUCUUCGUGGUGUUCUUGAUCAAGAGUUGGUAUUGAUAUUGAAGCUAAGAGACAUGAUGAUUGGUUGGAUACAUGAAGGGUUUCUGAGCUUCUUAAGACAGGUUAAUGAUGAGUUACUUAAACAAGAAGGUGCCUCUUUAUAG